GAAAGCAUAUUUUACGAACUUGUAUUCGGAAUGGCCCAGAAUAUAAAUCCAUUUUAUUCUUCUCAAAACACGCCGAGCAAAGCUACAGAAGAAAAACAGAACAAACCGAAAGAUAAUCAUGCAGUCAGUAAACGGCUACAAAAGGAGCUUAUGGUCUUGAUGAUGAGUACAGAAAAAGGAGUGUCUGCUUUUCCAGAGAGUGAAAAUCUAUUCAAAUGGAUUGGAACUAUUACAGGACCUAAAGAUACAGUUUAUGCUGGCCUUACAUAUAAAUUGACCUUGGAAUUUCCACAUAGUUACCCAUACAGUGCACCAAUAGUACGAUUUGCCACUCCUUGUUUCCAUCCAAAUGUGGAUUCGGUUGGUAAUAUUUGUUUGGAUAUAUUAAAAGAUAAGUGGAGUGCUUUGUAUGAUGUUCGUACUAUAUUGUUAUCUAUACAGUCUUUACUUAGUGAACCCAACAACGAUAGUCCGCUUAAUCCUUUGGCAGCAGAAUUGUGGAGCGAUCAGACAAAAUAUAAAAAGCAUCUAACAGAAGAAUAUCACAAAGCUCUCAAACAUAAUCAAGAUUCAUGAUAAGCCCAUAAUUAUGAUCAUUCUGAACCUUUCAUUACUAUUAUUCCUAUCAGUGUUUUGAUUAUAACUAAGUAAAAUGUUGAGCAUUGUCUGCCUUAAAGACUCAUUUACAUUGACAUGGAAUCUUUAGAUUCAUAUUUCAUUAGUGUAAAGUGUAAUAUGGGAUCAACAUUACAUGCUUCGCUUUAUUGCAUUUGCCCUUACGUAAAUUGUUUUUGUUCUUACCAUGACUUUAAUUUUAUAGAAUCUCUGAUGUCAAGAUCAGGUAAGAGCAUCAAAGGCAUUUGCAAUUAUAUCAGAUUUUUUAUGAAAAGUAUUUAUUUAUUUUACAUUUAGUAAUAUAUGUUGAAUUUCAACAUCAUUACACUUCUCAUAUGUGACUAGUGCAUUUGAUAUAUAUCUCCAUUUCAUUUAUAGUCAUUGUACAAUUCCAAAAUAAAUAUUUUAAAAUGAUUGUA